AUGGACGAAUCCUCGCGCGCACUCAGGAUCCUGCUCGCUGGAGGGCUGGCGGGGGCGGUGAGCCGUACAGCAACGGCGCCGGUGGACCGCGUGAAGCUUCUGCUGCAGGUGCAGGACAGCGGCACAGCGCUGACAGUGCGCGAUGGCUGGAACAGGAUGGUCUCCGAAGGCACGGCUCGCGCGUUCUUCCGGGGCAACGGCACGAACGUGAUCAAGAUCGCGCCGGAGACGGCGAUCAAGCUGACAUGCAACGAUCGGCUGAAGCGCGUCUUUGCCAGCGACCUCGAAAACAUCACCCCGCUGCAGCGCAUGGCCUCCGGCGCUCUCGCAGGCGCCGUGGCACAGUUCACAAUAUAUCCGUUGGAGCUGGUGCGGACGCGGCUGGCGGUGUGCCCGAUGGGCACGUACCGGGGCAUGUCGGACUGCUUCCGCCAGAUCGUACGCCUUGAGGGCUACCGUGCCUUCUACCGCGGCCUCUCCCCCUCCCUCAUUGGGAUAUUGCCGUACGCGGGGGUGGACAUAGCGACGUUCGAGGUGCUGAAGGAGUGGCUGCUGGACCACUAUGACGGCGCGCCUCCGCCAUACACCAUCCUGGCCGCCGGCAUGGCCUCCUCCACCAUCGCCCAAUUCUCCUCCUACCCACUCGCCCUCACCCGCACCCGCCUCCAGGCGCAGGGGUACUGCGGGCGGCCACACAAGUACACAGGCAUGAUGGACGUUCUCACGCAGGCCGUGCAGAAGGAGGGCGUCCGCGGCCUCUAUAAGGGCAUCCUGCCAAAUCUGGCCAAGGUGGCCCCUGCAGCCGGCAUCAGCUGGUUUGUGUUCGAGGAGGUCAAACUGCUUCUGGGCGUGGAUCCGCACUCAUAGCCAUAGCUACAAACUGUGCAAGUGGGCCGCAUUGAUCAGUGCUGCAGUCAAGACUUAAGAGCUCAGAGAAGACUGUGGAUCUGCUCGAGAUCAUGGGGCACGUACAGUCCAUAUACUGAGUCUGCGGUUGUGGUUUCUAGAAAGGCGCUGUUGCUUCCAGCCUAUUGCAGGUUGCAUGUUGCAUUGCUAUAAUUUAGAUGCUACAUGACCGGCAUUCCUUGUAGUGGC